AUGUAUUUGGGUGGGGAGCAUCUUCGUCUGGGUUGCUCGGUGGAGACCAUUUUCGCGUUGGCGCGCGCCGUUUGGAUCUUGUCGAAGACAUCUUGUUGUGUGUGUCGGCAGAAGCGGCCGAGAUGUCCUUGGUUUGUGCAGGAGAACGCCGUUGGCCUCGUGCUCUCGUGGAUUUCGCUGCUGCAGAGAGAGGAGGAACGGCUCUUUUUGGCGCGCUAUAGACCGCGACCACCCCCCCUGCCGCAAGUUGAUCCCACCAUGAUCCUAACGGCGGCGCUGGCCUUUACCAGCCGCUUCCACCUUAAAGGAGGUGAAGGCGCUCCUUGCGGCCAAGCAGGCGUCGGGUGGGACCCAGCCGCCCUGAACCAGGAUGACCUCGCCAGCACCGCUGCUAGCUCGUCGCUGGCGAGCAACCAUGCAGGUAGUUUGAACCUCGGGGUCCCUACCGCCCCAGGACCGACUACCCUCCAGAACAGGAGGGUCAGUGACGUAAAAAAAGCAACUACCAUUGCUGGCGAGAGCCAAGUUGCUGGCGAAAGCCAAGUCGCUGGCCAGAGCCAAGUUGCUGGCCAGAGCCAAGUUGCUGGACGGACCCGGCGACGGAAUCCUGAAGACAUUUGUGUCGUCCAAGGCUAUCGCAAAGAUGUGUAUGAUAUUAUGUUGUCGCCAGCGAGCGUUAUAUGUUCGGACGAAUCGCCAGGUUUGGGUGAGGUCGGAGGCUUCUGCAAGCAAACGACCCUGGCGCCGAAGGUAGGAGGCUCGGUGACGAUAGAUGGUGAGACCGCCUCGCGUUCUCUCGGUAGCCGGUCCACCACCUUGGGCAGCACGUCGACCAUUAGGGGCAGCUCCUCUUCCGGUGACGGUGCUGGCCCGAUCGAGGCACAAGAAUUAGAGGCCGAUGCAGAACCCUGUGGCAAACCAUUGAACAAGCAACUGUCCACAGGCAUGCUCCUCAAGGCCGCGGCCGCUUCGUCGCGGCUGAUGGUGCAGAACUUCGGCCUCUCCCUCGUGAACCGAGCUACUGCCAGAAUCGGCCGUGCUUCGCAGUCCAAGCCAAAAACGGCCGAAUUUGUCAAAGUACGAGACUGCGGCGCGGUCAUGAAGAUUAUUGAUUCCUUCGCAAUCUCUUUGUGCGUCGGAAGCGCGUAA